GGCUUUUGUUUAAUUUCUUCCUUCUCUCCAUUGUCAGGGGUACCAAGGUUUCGCUGCCUGGGGUCCCUGGGGAAAGCUGCUCCCAAUACCUCACAGCUCAGCAGUCGACUUUUUGGAACUCUUCUUGCCCAGGAAGCGAAUCAGCAGGUGGACCCCGCUGUUAUUAAUGACAAGCUUAUAACCGAGCCCCUCAGACACCCGGACUUCUUCAACGUGAAGGAGCUCUUCUCCCUGAAAGAGCUCUUUGAUGCCAGAGUGCACUUGGGGCAUAAAAAAGGUUGCCGUCACAGGUUUAUGGAGCCAUAUAUCUUUGGCUGCCGCCUUGAUCAGGACAUUAUAAACUUGGAUCAGACGAUGAAACACCUCCAGCUGGCUCUGAACUUCACAGCCCAUGUCGCCUACCGCAAAGGGAUCAUCCUCUUCAUCAACCGCAACCGUCAGUUCGGCCACCUGGUGGAGGUCACGGCCAAGGACUGCGGGGAGUACGCCCACACCCGCUACUGGCAGGGGGGCCUGCUGACCAAUGCCCAUGUCCAGUACGGGAGCGGGAUUCGCCUGCCCGACCUCCUCAUCUUCAUCAGCACCCUGAACAACGUCUUCGAGCCGCACGUGGCCAUUCGGGAUGCCGCCAAGAUGAACAUCCCCACUGUGGGAGUGGUGGACACUAACUGCAACCCCUCCAUCAUCACGUACCCCAUCCCUGGGAACGACGACAGCCCCCUGGCGGUGGAGCUGUAUUGCAAGCUCUUUAAGACGACCAUUACCCGGGCAAAGAACAAAAGGAAGCAGAUGGAGGUUUUGUAUGGACUG